CACGCAAGGGCUUUGGCAUAACCUCAGCUUUCCUGCUGGAAGAACAGAGAAGAGCAAAUACAGGGACGGAUUUCAAACUGUUAAACAGUCUUUUCCUCUAUAGGCUGGCUGUUUGAGCGAUCACAUAGGCCUAUCAAUGUAUUCAUUAAUAUGGAAUGAUCCUGGAGGUGUUAAAGAUGUGGUUUUCAGAAGGCUUUCGUUUCAUACACCUCAUGUGUUGAUAUUUUUGACCUGCUCUGCAGGGAAGAAACCAGCUAAAGAAAUGUCGUUUCUUGUAGUGGUUCCUGGUGAUCCUAUAGUGGCUCAUGUGGGAUCCACAGGGAUUCUUCCCUGCUGGAUCUCUCCUCCUGAGAACGCUGAAGCUCUGGAGAUCCGCUGGUACCGUCACGAUCAGUUCAACAACCCUGUUCUGCUCUAUAAUCAUGGGAAGAUCCAGGACAUCCAGGAAUGUUUCAGGAACCGAAGCUCUUUGGCUCUGCGGUCAGAUCAGUCUGGUGGACUGAAGGAUGGAGACGUCUCUCUACGACUAGAGAAACUCACAUUUCAGGAUGAAGGUUCAUUUCACUGUUAUGUGAGUGGAGACAGAGAAUAUGGCAGCAAAGUAGUAGAUCUCAAAAUCACUGAGUGGAGUUCUGUCUCAGAUCCAUCUGUUUCAUCAGGUCCGUGGAAGGCUCUUUUCUUCACCGUUCUCAUUGUUCUCAUGUUGAUGCUGAGUUUGGUUGGGUGCCUCUACAAAUACAGAGACAAUCUAACAGGGAAGAAACAACCUAGAACAGUCCUCAUGGCUUUUACACCAGCACUGAUCCACCAGUUAAACUCUCUCUGA